AUGGAAGAGCACAAGGCAAGCCACACUGACGUGUUGAGAAGGGUCGAGAGGGAGGAGGAUACUGGAAGUAUGCAACGGCUUGCAGAAGUCAAGUGUAUGCUAAAGCUAGUUGUUUUGAAUAUGUCGUUCAACGAGCUCAAGGAAUUGCCGGAGGAGAUAUCAGGUUUGCUCGCUUUGCGAGGCUCAAGUGUUGAUGGGUUAUCAGAUGUAUUAAGUUUAGGGGUAUUGAGACUACAAGGUUCGAUCGUUAUGCUCGAUGCUAGCACAAUAAAGGAGCUUCAACACUUGGGACGACUAGAAAGCUUAAACAUAGACAUCUCCUCGAGUUCUUUGAAGAAACUGUUUAGAGCUCAGGUGUUGGCAUUUAGUAUUGAAGAAGUAUGUAUUAGAGAUAUUCAUGUAGCAUAUCUAGUGUUGCCAACAACAAUGGAGCAACUCCGUAAGCUCAUCAUAAAGAGUUGUGGUGUAGAGGAGAUUGAGAUCGGGAGGGUAUCAUACGACACGUUUCUGAUAAAGCCAACACUAAAGAACCUCUCGAGUGUGAUUAUAACUGCCUGCGAUGGCCUUAAGGAUCUGACGUGGCUGUUGUUUGUUCCAAAGCUUACUCACCUUAAGCUUCAAAGUUUAGAUGAGGUAGAAGAAAUAAUAAGCGAGAAGAAAACGGCAGGUGAGCAACACGCGGGAGGAACAAUGACUCCGUUUGAUAAACUUGUGAGGCUUGAAUUGAGUAACUUACCGAUGUUGAAGAGCAUAUACAGGAGUCCUCUGCUCUUCCCUUGUCUAAAGAAGAUUGGUGUUGAAAGGUGUCCAACACUGAGAAAGCUUCCACUCAGUUCUGGAAGUUGUCUUGGUGGUGAUGAACUUGUGAUCAGUUACAGUGAUGAUGAAUGGAUAGAAAGGGUUCAAUGGGAAGAGAAAGCCACUGAAGAACGUUUCUUGCUUUGCUGUGAAAAGGUAUGGAGUUUUCCAUAA